AUGGUUAGAAAACUGCUAACUCACAUACCCAGAAACGUGAAAUCCGAUCCACCAAUUGGAGGAUUCUUGGUAGGAGAGUUAGGGGUUGAAUCUGAAAUGACUUCUCUUCAUCUGGCUGCCUAUUCGGGAAAUGAAAAAAUUGUACAACUUCUUCUCAAUUCAACGGGUAUCGAGGUUGAUGCAGCGACGAAGGAAAACGGCUGGAACCCUUUGCAUCUGGCUUGCCUCGGUGGUCACAUAACUGUCGUGGGUCUGCUGUUGAGCAGAUCGGCGGAAUUGUUGCAUAGUUCGGAUCGUUACGGCAAGACCGGACUGCACAUCGCGGCGACACACGGGCAUUACCAGAUGGUGAAGGUCCUCUUGGGUCAGAAAGCAGAAAUAAACGCCACCGACAAGAACGGUUGGACACCGCUGCAUUGUGCGGCACGCGCCGGCCAUCUGGACGUCGUGAAGCUGCUCGUGGACAGCGGCGGAUCUCCGAAAACCGAGACGAAUCUCGGUUGCGCACCGAUCUGGUUUGCUGCAUCCGAGGGUCACAAUGAUGUGCUGAAAUACCUCAUGGAGAAGGAACACGAUACGUAUGCUUUGAUGGAAGAUAGAAGGUUCGUCUACAACAUGAUGGUCUGCAGCAAAAGUCAUAACAACAAACCGAUCGAAGAAUUCGUCCUGGUGUCACCCGCGCCGGUCGAUACUGCGGCGAAACUAUCCAACAUCUACAUGAAGCUUUCUGAAAAAGAAAAGGAGCGCGCGAAGGAUUUAAUUGCGGCUGGGAAACAGUGCGAGGCAAUGGCCACCGAGUUACUAGCUCUGGCGGCGGGCGCCGACUCGGCCGGCAGGAUCUUGACGUCGAUGGAUCGCAGGAAUGUCGAGUUCCUGGACGUGUUAAUUGAGAACGAACAGAAAGAGGUGAUCGCGCACACCGUGGUGCAACGCUACCUGCAAGAGCUGUGGCAGGGUAGCCUGAAUUGGAACGCGUUCAGGACGAUCCUGCUGUUCAUCGCCUUCAUCGUGUGCCCGCCGGUCUGGGUGGUGUUCGCCCUUCCGCUCGGGCACAGGUACAAUAACGUGCCUAUCAUCAAGUUCAUGUCGUAUCUUACGUCGCAUAUUUACUUGAUGGUCUUCCUAUUGCUUGUCGGCAUCACGCCGAUCUAUCCAGUGGUGAGGGCCAGCCUGAUACCGUACUGGUACGAGUGGUGCCUGCUGGUGAUGCUGUCGGGACUGUUGCUGUUUGAACUGACGAAUCCCAGCGACAAGAGCGGCCUCGGUUGGAUCAAGCUGGCGGUGCUGCUCUUCGGCAUAUUCGGCGUCGCGUUUCACCUGCUGGGAUUCGUAGUCGUCGAGAGACCGUUCUGGCCGACUCUCCUCUACCUAAGAAACCAGCUUUUUGCCCUCAGUUUCCUUUUAGCUUGCGUGCAGAUCCUGGACUUUCUGUCGUUUCACCAUCUCUUCGGGCCGUGGGCCAUCAUCAUCGGUAAUCUUAUGAAGGAUCUCGCGAGAUUCCUCGCGGUGUUGGCGAUCUUCGUCUUCGGCUUCUCCAUGCACUUCGUCGCGCUCAAUCAGGCGUUCAAGAACCAAACGCCGCAGGAAGCGCGGUUGGAGGACAGAAAGCAAAAGAAACCAUUCUCCGACGUGCAAGUUAAUGCGAUCGAUAUCACGGAGAAUCUUUUCUUCGCUAUUUUUGGCCAAAAAGACACCGACGCCUUUACGAUGUCAUUACACAAGAAACUGCAGCCGUCGUGGACGGAAAAUUUUUACAAGGUGUCAUUCUCAUUAUACAUGCUCGUCAGUGUCGUAGUAUUGAUUAAUCUAUUAAUUGCUAUGAUGACCGACACGUAUCACAACAUUCAAUCACAAAGUGAUAUCGAAUGGAAGUAUGGUCUCAGCAAAUUAAUUCGCAAGAUGCAAAAAACAAGGACAGCCCCAGCGCCGUUAAAUCUUGUUACUACAUGGGUAGAAUAUCUUAAGAACGCUUGUAUGAAAGGACGUAUUGAAAAGCAGAAAAUCGGCAGAUCGCGUGGAUACAUGGAACCCGAUAUGCAUCAAAACAUUUUUCCGAAAUAUUCUACCAAUACUAGAAUGCUUCCUCUACCGCGAGCAGCGAAGGAACAAAUUAACUUCUCGUUGCUUCAAUCAAGUCCAACUAUCAGUCAAACCUCAUUAAAUAUUCCGAAAAUACAAAACGUCGUCGACUGGGACGCAGUCCGUCGAAAGUAUCGCAUGCGAUUCGGAGACGAAAUCGAGAAACCGUCCAGUGAAGAGGCGACGCUCGCUGAAAUGGUUUGAACAAUAAAAUCGAUGCGCGCAGCAUACUCCCAUUACUACAUGUAAAAU